GAGAGAAAGUACUUAUUUGAAUAAGGACCCAUUUAAGUAUUUUAUUUUACAACUAAUCAAACCAAAGAUAACAUUAUUUUUAUUUGUAACCCAGAAAAGCGCCGUCAAUUGCUUCGACAUACUUCACGGGAAGAAGCGGCCUAUUCGCCCCUGUGCAUCUGUCGGUUUCCCAAGAAACACAAACUUACCAACAGCAGAUGAAAUGGGAGAUGUUGAAGUUCAGGUCCAGGUCCCUUCCGAUUCACCGACAGGGGAACAUGAGUGUGGCGGCCUGCAGGAGGACAUGAGCGGCGAGAAGCAGUCAGACUGCCCGGAGACUCCUGAAGACACCGGACAUGGAGAGGUGGAGGAGCCCCUGACUUGGUUGCCUGUGGCUCUGGCGCCCCCAUGUGGAGAGCAUGCAGCCUGCAGAGAGAUCCGGAGGAUGGAGAGGAGCCUCCGGGCCAUCGAGCUGCAGCUGCUGUUCUUCAUGAGCAAAACUGAUGAGGAGCUGCAGCUGCAGUUCCUCAUGAGCAAAGCUGAUGACUUGCAUGACUGCCUCGUCAAUGGACAGGGUCCUCUAGAGAGGGAGGCUCUUGCAGCUGCAGUGCCAAGUUUCCUGUACACCUGUCAGCCUUACUUUAACUACCUGGAAUCCACAAGCAUCGUGUCGCAGCGCAGCCCUGUGCAUUUUGACAUAUACACAAGGCGUGUGCAGCUGUUGGACUUCUCUCAGCAGCUGUGUGACAGGCUGGAACAGCUGGUGUUGACCUUCGCCAGCUACAAUCUCCUCUCGUUGGACGAGACUGAGCCUAACAGUGUGUCUCACUUCUGCAUCGGCCAGAGUCAGCUCGGCCCGCUGAAGGUGACAACGUUUCGCUACUGCAGGCCCACACAAUACCUGGCCCAGGUCGACACCGACCUGUUCAAAUGCAUGCGCUGGAACGUGGAGAGACUCCCAGAUGAGCAGCGGCCAGAGGAGGAGAGGGAGGACACCACGGAGUAUUACUUCCUGUGCUAUGAGGACAUUCCCAACGCACACGCAGAGACAGGCGGGGACAGCCAAGGCGUCUCUGAUGGUGACGUGGUGAGGAUGUGGUCCAUCGGGCAGUGGGUGCAGGCGACACCCGAAACAGACGACAUCUGCGAAUGGAUCCUAUGCCAGGUCCCUACAGCCAGUUACCACAGGCUGCUGUUCCUGGGCAGCAACGAACCGUCGAGCUGCAGCGCCACAGACUACCUGCAGCAGCUGCUGUUGUCUCACCAGAGUGAACAUAGUGACCUGGCUGUCUGUGGGAUACACCAUCAUGUUGGAGGAUCGAAGGAUAAACAGUUUGUUGAAUUGAGCGGAGCAACUUAAAUUUGGAUGGAACAGAAUCAGAUGCAGAAAUACCAUCACAUGACUGUAAUAUGUUCUACUCUCAGCCAGAGGUUGUUCAACACUUAGAGCUGAAGAGAAGAUGGUGUCAUAAAU